AGAAAAGGAAGCGAGCUUACUAAGACGAAAAAGUCAACCUUAUUUAAGCAUUGGCUUCAAAUCUGCAUUUAAAGUUCAUUGUACACUAUGAGUAACGUAAAAGAGGUUCAUUUCAACAGAUAUCGACUAAUAAACAGACAUUUACAGUUGUAUUGCUUUUUUUCUAUUCAAAUAUUGGUUCUUAUAACUUUUGGUGUCAAGUGGUGAUGCGAAAAGGUACAACCCACUUGGCUCUUGACCUUGAAGGCUCUCAAGCCGGUUUCUACAAUGUCAAGUUCUACGGUUUCCAAGAUACCUUUUUGAUUAACCGUGGCGGUAGUGGCUACUUCAAGAACUGUUACAUUGAAGGCUCUGUUGAUUUUAUCUGGGGUUAUGGCACUGGUUACUUCCAAGGCUCUACCAUUGCUUCUAACUCCGAGGCUAUGUUACUGCCCAUAACCGUGAUUCUGCCAGCAGCACAGGCGGCUUCUACUUUAACAGCUGUGUGAUCAAGGCCACUGUUCCUUCUGGCACUCUUGCUUCUACUUAUGACCCUUCCAUUGCCUUCACUUCUGUCUCUAAAGCCAUCAACACAUGUUAUUUAGGUCGUCCCUAGAACCAAAAUGCCCAUGUUGUCUACAUGUACUCUACCCUCAACAACCACAUCAAUCCUGCUGGUUGGUCUCAAUGGAGUAACUCGAGUCCCAAUACUUCUGGUGUGACUUUUGCCGAAUACAGCAACAAUGGCCCCAGUGCUUGAUCUUCUGCUCGUGUCUCUUUUGCUAAACAAUUAACUGCUGCUCAAGUCUCUCAAUACAGUGCAGCCAAGGUAUUUGGUUCCACUUUUUGGAUUGAUUCCUCAGGUUAAUUCAUUUUUAAACUAAAUUUAUCCAGAGUUGAAACACUAUUUUAAGUGCUUCUCAUAUAUCUUUU